AUGAGCAGCAUGAGCGGCCCACCAGGCUCAUACUAUCCCGACUUCCCGGUCCCGGUCGCCUUCAACGCGUUCGCCAACCCCGCCGAGGCCGUCGCCGCCGUCGUCUCCAGCCACGCCCAGGGCAUCAGCGCCGCCUUCCAGUCCUCCACCGCCGGCAACCCUCCGGGCAGCCAUGGCAUCGCCCCGUCCGCCAACGCCCUCCUCGACCCCCACAACCCCGACCUCGGCCCGACCAAGCACUGCAGCGUCCGCGGAUGCAGCGUGCUCCUCAGCGCGAAUGCCCUCACCAAGAUGUGCGACGGCUGCCGCGAGCGCCAUCGCGAAUACGCCCUCACCAAAAGGCGCAAGAGGAAGGCGGAGAAGGCCGCGGUGUUGGCCGCCGCCGCCGCCGCCGCCGCCGCGUCUGGCAGCGCAGGCGGUCAAGUGGAGGCGAUGGACAUGGAGCCCGUGUGGGAGCCGCAAGCGAUCGAGCCCGGUCAUCCGACGAGUGAGGCGGUCAAGGCCGUCGUCAGCCAGCUCGCGGGCAUCGGUCCGCGAACGGUCAACCACGGUGACGGCGGCGGGGACAGCUACCGGUACCAUGCUCGCGUACACCAGCACAGCGGCAGCCAGGAGCGUGCGCACGAGCACGAACGGCAGCAGGAUCGCGAUCAGGAGCAAGACCAGACGCCUUGGCUCGAUCCUGCGCUCUACGCAUCCCCCGGACAUGCCCAUUCGUCUUCCUCGGAGCUUGCGGGCGCGUUGACGCUGCCUACCCUUCACUCCCGACCGUCCCACUCCCCGGCUCAUCACGGCCAUAACCCGGCUUUCGCAGCAGGAGGGCACGCUCACGCUUACAACGACCAUUCGCCGUCGCCCUUCGCGGAUCACACCCCGGAACAGAUAGCCACGGCCGUCGCCGCCACUUUCGCCGCGGUCGCUGCCAAUGCCGCCGGGAACCCGAACGCGCUCGCGGGGUCGUCGACGUCUACUUCGGCCGCGGGGAGCGCCAACAACGGGUCGAGUCAUCUGCCCCCACGGUACUGCUCCGUGAAAGGCUGCAAGGUGCUCGUACCGGGCGACUACCUGUACAAGAUGUGCGAGGCUUGUCGCGAUCGGUAUCGCAACUAUGGGAAUACGAAGCGAGCCAAAUGGAAAGCGCAAAGCACCGCCGCCAGAACCCACCUUGCCCUCCUCGACAAGGUGCGCGAGGAGGAAGAGAAACGACGGGCUGAAAACGGGCUUGAGAGUCUGGGCACACUAGGCCUCGAGGAGCAGCGCGCCUGGGAAGAACGCGUGCUCCGGGAGCUCAAGAUGCAGCUUCCGCCAGACGCUUUCGUAUCUCCCGACCCUCCUCCUCCCCCGCCCCACGCGUCCGAUUCCCUCGACGGUCAGAAUGCGACCGCAGACCAGAGCAUGCCCGGGUCGUCGACCGCGGAUCACGAUUCGUAUGCUCAGGCUGGACCCUCCUCCGCGCCGACGGCGAUGGGGAUCUCGCCCAUCAUCCGGAUGUGCAGCGUGAGCCACUGCAAGGCGCUCCUCCCGGCCACCCACAAGUACAGGCGGUGCGAGGCGCACCGGGUGCAGAACCGGAUGCACAGUCGGCUGAAGCGCGACCGGGAGAUCGAGAGGAAGACGAAGGGGAACAGGGAGCUGAUGGAGACGCUCGGCGGGAUGCCGGGUAUGGGUGGUGGUGGUGGAGGAGACGGGUCUGAUGGGGGUGGGGUCGAUCCGGGUAUCGGGAUCGGAGUCGGAGUGGGCGAGUGGGCGCUCGAGACGGGCGGGAACAGCGGGAUGGGGAACCGGUACAUCGUCGGGCGUGGAUCGUCGACCGCCGGUGAGGAUGGCGAUGGCGCUGGUUCUUCGGCCGUGAUCCCGAUGGCGGAUCCGCAAGAGCACCAACUUCCGCAGGAGUACGACGAUCGCGGUGUGCCGAUCCCGCCUGCGAUACGUGGUGCGCGGCGGACGAACUUUGUGUGCUCCGUCGCCAAGUGCUUCAACCUGCUUAGUCCGCGCAGCCCGUGGAAGAUGUGCGACGGUUGUCGGGAGCGCGAUCGCGAGGUGCGGGGCAGGCUGGAGAAGCUGAGGAAGGAGGGCGUGGAAGUGUGCGCCACGCGGGGGUGCAAGGAGUUGCUUAGACUGAAGGAGAUCAAGGGCGGGAUCGAUAAGUUGAGGUUCUGCGAGCAGUGUCUGAAGGCACGCGAGGAGACGGAGAAGGAGAAGGAGGAGAAGGCUCGGGCCCGAGAGGAAAGGGAACAGAAGGCGAAGGAAAGAAGGGAAGAAAGGGAUCGGAUGAAGGAGGAGAAAGAGAAGGAUCGGGAGGAGAGGGUACGGGAAAGGGUGAUGAGGGAGACGAUCGAGCGUGAAGCAAUCGAACGUUCAAGGGUCCAGAGUAGGACCUCGCAAUGCGCUGAGGAGCCAGGAGGAAGCGCUAGCGAGGCAUCGAUGAACGACGAUACCGGUGCGCUUCAGGGAACAGAUCCCGCACCAGAAACGGACGCGUCCGCUCUGCCGAAGAAGCCGUCGCAAAAGGCCAGAGCGGCACUGAAAAGGAAAGCGGAAGUUGCCAAGUCGGACUCGGGAGUAUCGUCCCCAGCGGAUACAGGAGCAGCUGCGGCCUCGAGCAGCGAAGAGGCCUCUCAGGCCUCCGACGAAGGUGCUGCGUCUGCCACGCCGAUCGUAUGCAUCCCUCGCGUCGUGAAACCGCCGCCUCCGAGCGGCACCUUCGCGUACGGUACCUCGUUGCAGAACUCUCCGCCGCCUUUACCGCCUUUACCGCCAGCACCACCGCCUCCUGCGGCAUCCGCACCACCUGUCUCCCAACCGACCGCACCUCCAUAUCCGGUCACGUUCUACGCGCCACAUCCGUACGGUAUGAUGCCGCCGUAUGCCGUGCAAGGACCCAACGGAGAGACCUACCCACCGCCGCACGCGUAUCCAUAUGGAUUUCCGAUGCCUCCGCACGCGUUCGGGCCCCCCGGGUCACCUCCGAGCGCGCCGGCGGGGACCGCCCCUACUGGCAAGGACGGCUCGCCUUCAACUUCACCGCCGAUGGUGUACCCACCAUAUCCGUAUCCGUUUUACCAAUACCCACCUCCUCAGCCCGGCGCGUCGACCAGGGGCUACACGGCGAUCCCCUUGUCGCUUCCUACGGCAAGUUCCGACGAGAGCGCGAAAACCAAGGCGUCGACGAACGCGGCAGAGGUGCAAUGGAGCCCAUUCGCUCCGCAACCGGUGUCGGCCUUGCCCAUGACCACGCCUAUACCUACAGGCGCGUCCGCCGGUACGACGCAUGGUACCGUCGGCCGAGGCCUGAUCUGGGCGGAGGUGCGGACUCAGGAGAAUCAGCCCGAGGACAAAGACAAGAACAAAGCUGGGUCCCGUGAAAGGGCGAAAAGACGUAAAGUGCUGCUAACCGACGAAGAGGCGGUCAUCGAGCAGGCCAGGAUCAUGGCCGCCAGUGCGCAAGCAGCGCCAAAAGCACAAGACGAGACAACUGCUACUGAAGACGUGCACGGAGAGAUGCCCCCUGAAGAUGCUGCGGCGUCCACGACGUUCGAUGCGCCUUUUGAGGACCCCUCGGCCACGAAAGAGGAGACGCAUACUUGUGGCAACAAAUUAUGCAGUCGACCUUUGCCAGCGAACGCCGUCGGUACGCUCUGUAACAAGUGCAAGGCGCGGCUGAAGAAGCGUCAGACCAAAGCAAAGCAAAAGUUCCACUUGGAGCCGAGAAGGGCUAUCGUCGCCACCCCGAGCACAUGAAUGCGAAAAAGUGCUGUAACUUAUUUUUCAAAUAUGAUUGGUCGCGCGCUGUAACAUCGAUUUGAUUAACGGUUCGCUUUCUGCUACUUGCCCUCUGGGCCAAGUAGCCUAUUUGAUUGUGUAAUUUUGAGAGAAGACGGAAAGUGCGGUUGUCCUAAAGCUUCAAGCUUCACCUGCCAUGUAC